GGUUCGGAUGCGCCCGUUGCCAAUUGGGGGCCCCCUCUUGCACAAUCCGUUCUCUUCUUCACUCCAGUACCUCCGGCACUUAUAGUCUAAGCUACCUUACCAAUUUUAGCUCUCACCAAACUACACAGCAAGCAUCAUCACCCUCUCCGACCCCGAAACAGAUAUAGAUCUCUCCAAGCACCGAGCUCCCAAACCCGUUCAGCUCCACCACCUCUACGCGUCCAACAAUGACCAUAUAAGACCGACAUAUACCCUUCACACAACCCCCAACCGCUAACCACGCCAACCAUCAACCAUGCCUUUCCCUCUUCCCCGCCCCCUCCAGCUCUCCUCCCUCCCUUACCUCCUCAUUCUCCUCCUCUUCACAACCUUCACCACCGCCAACGUCGAGAAAACCAUCUUCCUCGCCCCUCCCCCGAUAACAAUCCCCACCCCUCACCCCCCCAUCGACGACCUCGGCCUCGCCCGUCUCUCACCCUCCCAUCCUAUCCUCCGCACCUACCUCAACGCCUCCUUCCCAACGCCCUACUCCCACGGCACCGAGUCGUGGUUCUUUCUCCAAAACCUCCACCCCGGCCGACGAUACGAAGUGCGUCUCUGCUGGCUAGCAACUCAACCAACAGCCUUCACCCUAACCACCCACACGCUCACCCACACCCUCUCGGACCCUAUCCUCCUCUCCUCCAUAACGAAUUACUCCUCCUCGCGCCUCACCACCACCAGUACCAACCCCGACCUCGAUAUCGACCUCAACACCGCCGAGAAACCCCUCGACAACGGCCCCAUCUCCGAUUCGGUGCUGUUCCUGAGAAUCCGGGCCACGGCGGACUACUUCUCCACGGAUGCGGAGCUGAUGCGGACGGUACCGCCCGUGGCGGUGGACAUCAUCCUCGAUCCGUUUCUGGGGAAUGUUUUCCCUAGGUCGUUGGUGCCGACGGCGUGUUAUGGAGUGGUGGUGGCCGUGGUGGCGGUUUUGGUGGGGAAGUGGGUGGUUGGGGAGUUGGAGAGGGUG